AACACGCCAUCGCUUCACAGUCCUCAGAAUUGCUACUUGGUAUCGCUUGCAAUUGUAGAUAUCCUAAACGCAGUUGUCUGUAUACCCAUUACACUUAAGCUUGCUGUGUCCAUUAAAGGAAAAUGGGACUUCAGUGAUGUCAUUUGUCAGCUUCAAGGAAGUUUGAUUUCAGUUGUUUCAACUGUGUCACUCCUCACUCUCUGUAUGAUCGCCAUUAAUCGCUAUGUAAAGAUUACUCGCCCGCACCAAAUCAACUGUAUUUUAAAACUGUUUGUGAAGUAGUUUAAAUCUAUUUAAACGAUUUAAAAACUAUUUUUACCACAAUUUGAGGUAUUUUUAUUAUAUUUCACGACGAAAACCAAAAUAGCGUUAGAAGUUUGAAUUGUAUUCGAUAUCUAUUUGAAUAAUAUUUAUAACAUUUUCCCAGGUUUUCCUUGUAUUUGAGACAUAUUUGCAAACAAAACUACCUUUUAAAUACAGUAUUUAAACUAUAUUUUCGGAAAGAGAGUACUGGCGAGUUGCUAUUUUUUUUUUUAAAUACCGUAUUUAAACUGCAUUUUGGAAAGAAGAACCUAAAAUCAAAGAUUUAAAAAGUAGUUUUUACAAGUAAAGUUCAAAGUCAGGUUUUAAUCAGGAGGUUUAAAGACUAUUUUGAAUAUACUUCCUCAUCUACGACCUUAAACAGCUCAUAAAUAGCAUAGUUAAAACAUGUUUGAAGAAUGUUUAAGAGACAGUUCAAUUUAAAUUGUGAAUUGAAAUGACGAACAUCUUGAAAUCUCUUCAAACAGGAUUAAAACUAGCUGUUUUUACUGUAUUUUCACAAACUUUCCUCAUUUAAAAGGCAUUUAAAUGGAAACCUGUUUCCAAACCUAACUUAAACAGGCUGUUUACAGGGUGUUUUGAAAAAACCCGGUUGUCCUAUGGUAAAAAAUAUACUUCAAAGGAAAAAAAGUCAAACAAAUUUAUUUUCAAACCGAUUUUAAAUUCUGUUUUCGGGGUAUUUUUAAAAAUUGAUACCCGCAGUCACGGGCUUAAAAAACAAAACGAAUAGACAUGCAGAUACAGUCUGCCAAAAGAAAUAAGAACUCGUCGGUAAGUAUAAACGCCACAAAAUUAUUAAGCCUAAGUCCACUAGAAAACAAGACAUUGAGCUGCCAAACAGUUGGGAGCUAAUGUAUCUCCCAACAAAAACGAACAAUCAGCCUUAAACUUCAUUAGUCAAAUAAAGUAUCGAAAUAUGCAUGCAUUUCGAGCCCAUCGAACGGUUUGAUAACGCGCGUUGUGUCGUAGUGUGACAGUGGGAAAGAUCUAUCGAUCGCCAAUUAUUAUUCAUCAAAUCUCUCUGUGUACACAGAGAGUUCAUCAAAUCUCUCUGUGAACUCUGUCUACACAGCCAGAUUUUAAAUCAAUCAUUUAUCAGUUACUAAGUUUUGAAACUUAUAAAAUGCGCAUCAACCAUAACGUAACAUAACAUAACAUAACAUAACAUAACAUUAACAUGCAGUGUAAUCUAAAUAGUAAUCUAAUCGAUUUUGACACAGAACUGCAGUUACGGUGAACAAAGAUAGAAUAAGCCCUGAACAAAAUUACAUAAAUAAACGCUCACCUCUCUUGUUGCAUGAAGAACCAAACGCUCAAGAAAUUCCUCCACAUCGUUAUCUUACGUUUGUAAAUCAUGCUGGAUGAAUAAAAUUUGCUCGACUUAGCUAGCCUGCGUGGCAGGCGCAAAAAGGGGAGGGGGAGAUAGAAAAGCACGAAAGACGGGAAAGGGAAGGGAGCGCCUGCUAUAAGAGCCGGUGUUUUUGUAAUCCGCCUACCAUUUUCUCAACUAAUCCGAUAAUGUCACUGUCAAUACGUGACCAAUCACAAGUACGGGGCUUCUCAGUAUGGUCCGAAGUUAAUUACUUUGUUUACCGGAAAUUGUCAAGUUGAGACGCUUUUUUCAAGUGAUAUCAUAAUCGAGCGAAAUGAAACAUUUUUGUUCAUUUCUGCGGACGCUGGCGUCCGCAAAUUCCUGAUUGGCUGAGCCGUAAUGAGUUACUUAUUGGCGUGUAUCCUGGCGUGUAUUAGUGUGAGCGACAGACAUGACGAAAGCAUCAAGAAAAUGUGUUCUGAUAAGCUUUGGAAGAUCAAAAUUACUCCAAUCAUGUAGCAACUUCACGUUAAAACCCGAACUAAGACCAACUGUAACAGCUUGUUUAGCAGGAAGAGAUGCUCAGGAGGUUUUGUAUACUGGAUUUGUCCGUACACUGAGCAGCGAUUCAGGGGCGGAUCUAGGGGGAGGGUGCAGGGGGUGCGCACCCUCCCCUGAGAUGACCUGCGGUUUUCUAAUACAACUGUUAUUCUGCGAAAAAAAAAAACUAUGUGGUUUAUUAGUGUUGAAGUAGAGUAAGAGACGAGUGCACCCCCUCCUAAAAAAAAUCCUGGAUCCGCCCCUGCGAUUCAAAGCGAUUGCGAUUCUUGCCAGACAUCUGCAAUGCCGAUAUUCAAAAGACCUCCUAUUCCGCAAAAACAUAUACCGUCUUGAAUGGAGUUUUAGAUGGUUUGCAAAGAGAGAGCUGAAGCUUUGGUAAAAACUAUCCGUUGAGCAUCUUGACAAUUGUUUAUAAUUCUCCGGUGCUUUAAUUAUUCGCGUCUCAGGCUGGCCAAUGUUCUGUUCUUUGUGACCAUCACGGUGCUUGAUGAGGUUGUAAGUUAAAAGGUCUUGUGUAUUCACACGAAACUGAUCAUUGUUUGUCGUAGACUGCGAACGGUAAAAAAAUGAGAGACUGGUCGUAGUCUAUGUUUGUCGUGUUUGCUGCGGGAGCAAAAACAGUAAAAAGGGGGUUCUUAUAGCAGGCGUCCACUUCCCUUUUUCCCUUUCUCCCUAUCCGUUCAGAUACAAAUUGAUUCAGUCGAGGUGUACAACCAAUAUUUCGCGACAUUUGUUUUUCUUGUUCACGAGUAACAACUAUACAUCAUGAUCAGGUAAUCGAAAUAUUUUUGCAGUUUUACUGGUUAAGUUCGUAUCGAAAUGACUCUUUUCCUUUACAGUUAAUUGAUCAGAUUACAUUCUUGCUCUCACGCCAAAUGUGUCACGUUAAUUAAGCUUUAAUUUGUGUCCGUCAUCUUUAGCUCACGCAUAGCAAUACCAACCACAAAACCAAUAGUGAACGCUCUGGCUCAGGCCUUGCAAGCUUCAUGAUGAUUUUAGUGAAAUCAAAUAUUAUUGUGUUAGGUCUUGCGAGAAUGAAUGUAUGUAUAGUUGGCAAGUAAAAUUCAAUAAUGAAAUUAUAUAUUAUAGACAUUUAACUUAUUAUAUUGACUCAGUUAGCCUAAAAUGGUUAUUUUUCUGCUUGGGAAUUCCUAAAAAGUUUCAGGAACAUGAUAUAUAGACAUUUAGUUUGUUACAUGUAAACAAUCAGGACCUUAUACAUACACUGUACACAUGUACAGCUGGUUCAAUAACAAUGUCGAUCCUUACAUCUCCAGACUUACAGCUUCUUACAUACAUUCGUGUAUGGAAUAUAGACAAAAACCUUUUCUUUUUUAUUAUAGCCUUUAUGCCGCUUUAAGAUUUAUAACGUAGAUAAUGCAGGUAAUACCAUGUAAUCACAUAGGAAUACUGAAAUAAAGUUGUUGUUGUUGUUGUUGUUGUUGUUAUCGAGAUCUGAAAUCUGCUCUUUGGAUAAAAUCCCAGAAGCUGGUCCAACUGGUUCAGAGGAAUUGAGCGCGGGUCCAACUGGUGCAAAGUCACCGGACGCUGCCGCAAGUGGUUCAAAGGAAUUGGACUCUGGUCCAACUGGUUCAAAGGAACCGAAAUCCGCUGUUGUAAAGUCACAGGACCCUGGUCAAACUGAUUCAAAGGAGCCAGAGGUUGCCCCAACUGAUUCAAAGGAACUGGAAUCCCCUGGUGUAAAGUCACAGGACGCUGGUCAAACUGGCUCAAAUGAAGCAGAUGUUGGUCCAACUGAUUCAAAGGAACAGCCAGCUGUACCAACUGGCUCAACGGCACCGGAAACCGCUCCAACUAGUUCAACAGAGCCGGACGCUGGUCAAACCGCUUCAAAGAAACUAGAUGCUGCUCCAAGUGGUUCAAAGGAGUCGGAAGCUGUUUCAACUGAUUCAAAGAAACCAGAGGCUGUCUCAAAUGGUUCAAAGGCAUCGGACGCUGAUCCAAAUGGCUUAAAGCACCAGUCAUUAAGCCAAAUAGUUCAAAGGGGUCGGACGCCGCUUCAACUAAUUCAGAAGCAGCGGAAGCUAAUUCAGCCAGUUCAAUUGAACCGGAAACUAGUCCAAAUGGUUCAAAGGUGCCAGACGCUGACUCGAAGGAACAGGAAACUGAUUUUACUGAAAGAAACUUCAUAGGUAACACACGAACAACACAAAUGAUACAUUUAUUUGCGCUAACUAACCACAGAUUUACACAGCCUUAAAAUCUCCUUAUCCUUUGUCAUUAUUUGGGUCGACCAUAACGGGCCGAGGAAUAGAACCCAAGGAUCCUCCUUUAAAGUUGUCUGUUCAAAAGGAAUACGUAAUAGGAGCUUCUUCCCAUUUAACUACUUAAAAUGACCUUUAAAUGAUCACCUUUUAGUAAAGAAAUCAGAAAGGCCCAAACAUAGUUAUGUACUGUAGAGAAUUAGAUUGGUUAUUUGGUCAUUCUGGGACAGCAGUGUAUCGGCCAGUUCAUUUUUAAAUGAACCAGUCUAAACAUUUAAAAAUGCUCGGGCUUGUUUACUCGGUUUACUUGAGUUAAGCAAUUACGGAUGGUUUUUUAUGAGGGAGUUUCAAAUAUUUUUUAAAGCUCUUUGACAAAAGUGAAUUUAGAAAACGCUAAACAAAACCCGCUUAUUAGUACUGCAAAACAGAUUUUUGUAUAUGUUUCCUAUUUUAGGCAACUGUGUCAUUGUGCCGAAGUCUCUGGUAUGUCUUCUUUUUCUUAUGAUGUUCAUUCUAGCGGUGCUGGCGAUGGAGUGGUGGUUCCCAUGGUUAACAGGUGAGCGGACCUAAUAAUGAUAAUGAUAAUGAUGGUGACACUGAUGAGAAAUUAACCGACGCGGUGUUAAGCACUAUAAUUAUGUCUGCAAAAAACAACCUACUUACACCUCUGGCCCGGAUUUGGCGAAAGAUAGUUAACAAAAUUUUCUCCUCUAAGAAAAUCGGUUUCAGGGUAAUAUUUUUGAGCCUUUUAUUCAGGCUCAUCAGUUAUUUUAACCAAAAAUUACACCUAACAGUAAAAAAAUUAAGUUAGUUAUUAUUAGAAAUAAGAACCCAAUGGUAGGACUGUCGGGACGGGUAAAAAUUCCUCUCAAAUAAUUAGCAAAGAAACUUGAAUUAAGGAUAUAAAAUACUAAACCGCAUCAUACCUUAUAUUUCUAUAGGAGGGAAAGGAAACGAGAGGGAACAGCCAAAAUGACUCAUAUAAUUAAUAUAAAUAAAGUUUCACUUCUUGAUCAGCCCUACUGGAUACCAUGGAGUUGUGAUUCUAGCGGAAGUGAUUCCAUGAAAGAGUACACAAAGGAUGUGCAUUUUGCAACUAAAAUUAAAUUCUUAGACAACCUUAAGUAACAAAAGGAGAACCAAAUAACUGUACUUAGAGCCGACGCAUACCUGGUAAAUAAACUCAGUACUCCUGAAACUACUAGACUGUGAGUCAGAGGCUCCAUAAAAGCCUGUUUUAUCAAUUUCGUUACAAAAAGAAACCUAAUUGACAAAGUAACUGCAGACAGCGCCAAACAGUCCUCCCCUAUUAUGACCGUUUUCGUUCACUGUUUCAAUGUUUUACUCGCCUGACUGACAACUCCCUGUCAGUUUUAUCAGUCAUUUAUCAUUUAUCAGAGGUUUUGCAAAUUAAAGUUGACCAAGUUUCUUUGGUGGUGGGGCGAUGGCCAGGCAUUGAUGUCCUCGUGAUUCGCUUAAAGUCUCCUUCAGUCGAUAAGAGUUGCUACAAGACCAUCACGACAUUGGUCGUUUACUCAUAA